GGUCAGGAGGACGUGAAAAGCGAGUCUUUGUAACCUUCUCUAUGCCAGAGCUGUGGUAGUGUGAAAGCAGCAGUGCGCCUCUUCUGCUCCCUUCAGAGCACAGCCUGGUGUCAAGGUCCAGGUUUCACGGGCUGCUGCUGUCACCGCAGGGGAGUCUAGCCCCUCCCAGAAGGAGACACAGAAGAAUGGCCAUCUCAACUGGUUUGUUCCUGCUGCUGGGGCUCCUUGGCCAGCCCUGGGCAGGGGCUGCUGCUGAUUCACAGGCUGUGGUGUGCGAGGGGACUGCCUGCUAUACAGCCCAUUGGGGCAAGCUGAGUGCUGCUGAAGCCCAGCAUCGCUGCAAUGAGAAUGGAGGCAAUCUUGCCACGGUGAAGAGCGAGGAGGAGGCCCGGCAUGUCCAGCAAGCCCUGGCUCAGCUCCUGAAGACCAAGGCACCCUUGGAAGCAAAGAUGGGCAAAUUCUGGAUCGGGCUCCAGCGAGAGAAGGGCAACUGUACGUACCAUGAUUUGCCAAUGAGGGGCUUCAGCUGGGUGGGUGGUGGAGAGGACACUGCUUAUUCAAACUGGUACAAAGCCAGCAAGAGCUCCUGUAUCUCUAAACGCUGUGUGUCUCUGAUACUGGACCUGUCCUUGACACCUCACCCCAGCCAUCUGCCCAAGUGGCAUGAGAGUCCCUGUGGGACCCCCGAAGCUCCAGGUAACAGCAUUGAAGGUUUCCUGUGCAAAUUCAACUUCAAAGGCAUGUGUAGGCCACUGGCGCUGGGUGGUCCAGGGCGGGUGACUUAUACCACCCCCUUUCAGGCCACUACCUCCUCUCUGGAGGCUGUGCCUUUUGCCUCUGUAGCCAAUGUAGCUUGUGGGGAUGAAGCUAAGAAUGAAACCCAUUAUUUCCUAUGCAAUGAAAAGACUCCAGGAAUAUUCCAUUGGGGUAGCUCAGGCCCGCUCUGUGUCAGCCCCAAGUUUGGUUGCAGUUUCAACAACGGGGGCUGCCAGCAGGAUUGCUUCGAAGGUGGCGAUGGCUCCUUCCGCUGCGGCUGCCGGCCUGGAUUUCGACUGCUGGAUGACCUAGUAACUUGUGCCUCCAGGAACCCCUGCAGCUCAAACCCAUGCACAGGAGGUGGCAUGUGUCAUUCUGUACCACUCAGUGAAAACUACACAUGCCGUUGUCCCAGCGGCUACCAGCUGGACUCUAGCCAAGUGCACUGUGUGGAUAUAGAUGAGUGCCAGGACUCCCCCUGUGCCCAGGAUUGUGUCAACACUCUAGGGGGCUUCCACUGUGAAUGUUGGGUUGGCUACCAACCCAGUGGCCCCAAGGAAGAGGCCUGUGAAGAUGUGGAUGAAUGUGCAGCUGCCUACUCGCCCUGUGCCCAAGGCUGCAUCAACACUGAUGGCUCUUUCUACUGCUCCUGUAAAGAGGGCUAUAUUGUGUCUGGGGAAGAUGGUACCCAGUGUGAGGAUAUAGAUGAGUGUUCGGAUGCAAGGGGCAAUCCAUGUGAUUCCCUGUGCUUCAACACAGAUGGUUCCUUCAGGUGUGGCUGCCCACCAGGCUGGGAGCUGGCUCCCAAUGGGGUCUUUUGUAGCAGGGGCACUGUGUUUUCUGAACUACCAGCCAGGCCUCCCCAAAAGGAAGACAAAGAUGACAGAAAGGCGAGUACUGUGCCUCCUACUGAAAUGCCCAGUUCUCCCAGUGGCUCUAAGGAUGUCUCCAACAGAGCACAGACAACAGGUCUCUCCGUCCAAUCGGAUAUUCCCACUGCCUCUGUUCCACUGGAAAUAGAAAUCCCUAGUGAAGUAUCUGAUGUCUGGUUCGAGUUGGGCACAUACCUCCCCACGACCUCUGGCCACAGCAAGCCGACACAUGAAGAUUCUGUGUCUGCACACAGUGACACCGAUGGGCAGAACCUGCUUCUGUUUUACAUCCUGGGGACGGUGGUGGCCAUCUCACUCUUGCUGGUGCUGGCCCUAGGGAUUCUCAUUUAUCAUAAACGGAGAGCCAAGAAGGAGGAGAUAAAAGAGAAGAAGCCCCAGAAUGCAGCUGACAGCUAUUCCUGGGUUCCAGAGCGAGCAGAGAGCCAAGCCCCGGAGAAUCAGUACAGCCCAACACCAGGAACAGACUGCUGAAGACUAUGUGGCCUUAGAAACAGCUGCCACUACCCUCAGAGCUACCUUCUUAGAUGAGGGGGAAGCCACAUCAUUCUGAAAGACUUGAUUGGACUCUCAGCAAAAAAUUGUGCACCUUCCACUUAAGAACCUGGUGUCUUGGGAUAGGCAGGUAUUUUCUUGGUGCCUUUGAUAUGUCUGGGGGUGAAAGCUGUGUGUUGGUUUGUCAUUGUGGGGAGUUUUGUGGAUAUUGACAGACCUCACUCAAACACCCUUUUCAAAUCCAAAAGCAACUGGUUCCUCUGGUUCCUAAUUAGGGUGAAAGGAGUCAGAGGGGUGGGACAGGGUGGGGGGGUGGGGCUUCAAAGUUUUUUCUUAUCUCUUGAUUUAUCAGCGAAGGAGUUACUGGUGCUAAUUACAAUGGAAACAGUUCCUUUCCAUCACAGGACAGAAAGCAAACCAAUUUAAAACUACUUAACUAGGUGAGAGUGCUCUACCCUUCCUAUAGGGACUUUUUCAGGAUGGCUGCCUUUGUGUACAUUUGCCUUCUGGCAUUUCCCCUCCACGUCCCCCCCAACCCCCUCGGUAUUGUUGAAACUGUCAGAAUGAGAGGAAGUUCAACCAACUGCUUAGGGAGUAAGCUGGCAGGAAGUUUAGAUAUUGUAUCCCCUCACUCUUAACUUUCUGAUAGCCUUGGGUUUAUGGGCAAGCAAAGUUACAAGUUGGGAAGUUGCUUCAAGUGAGUGAGAGGUCUUGGUAAAAGCAUAAUCCAGAGGGAGAGGCAGGUGUGGAUUGUUUUAACAGAUAUUUGAAUGAAAAUCUCAGAAUGAACUGAUGCUAACACACACUUGAUUAUUGAGAAACAAUAACAAAACUCCUAGAUUCAUUUGUCUUUGAGCUAGCACAGGCCCCAACUCCACUGCAAGGCACCCUGUCUACCUUUAUACUGUCCCUAACUGGAAGCUGGUACUGUAGGCUCAGAAAGCCUCAGAAGGCUUUCAUUCUGGACGUAAGGAAAGGAUGUGUGAGCCAGGUGAUGGGCUCUGUUUUAAAUACUCCUAUUUAAGUUUACCUUAGUCCACUUCACAGUUAAAAGUACAUCUGGAGGACUUGAGCCCUAUCUUGUUGGUGUGACACAUACCAAACCAAGGAUUAGUCAUGAAGAAAGUUCUCUCUCUCUCUCUCUCUCUCUCUCUCUCUCUCUCUCUCUCUUUCUCUUUCUCUUUCUCUUUCUCUCUCUCUUUUCUUAAAAAAAAAAGAGAUAGAGGGGAAAGGGGAAGAGAGAACAGCUAAAAAAUGUCCAACCUUUAAAACUGCUUAGAGCCAUCUUAUGAUUGACGUGUUUAUUUCAAAGUGUCCAUUUGCAAAAGUGUCCCUUAAACUUGCAAAAGUGUCCCUUAAACUUGCUGCCAGUAAUGGUGUUCCAACUGCACAGAUCUGUCUGGGGACUGGAAGGCAUCCCUGGUGAGUCACUUCAGGAUCUCUGGGAGGCUUCAUCUUAGUCGUCUCUGCUAUUGGAAAAACUGAGACAUGGAAUGUGUCUCCAUCAUGAGGUUCAGAGUCUUUGUUCUCAGACUAGAGAACUUGGGUUUCUAGGAUCAAAAGCACCCAUCCCUCAAGUUGAUAUCGAGGAAUCGAAGGUUAAUAACAAGCAGAUUCAAGACCUUUGGAAAUAUCUUAGAGAAAUAUAUUAUAGAAAUACCUUUUUUUUGGCCAAUUUAAAAUGAAGAUAUUUUCAUUAGUCAGUCUCUCUCUCCUCUCUCUCUCUCUCUCUCUCUCUCUCUCUCUCUCUCUCUCUCUCUCUCUCUGAAAACACAAGGUGGAGAGUAAUGGGAAAAAGAUCGGGCUCAGUGGGAUGCCUGAAAUGAGUGCAUUUAAAAAUCAACUCAGCAUCUGGCUUUCAGUUGAAGUUUGGAUGUUUGGAACAGGAUCCCUGGCAAUAACUGAGAUUGGCAGCUAAUCCAUUACCAGGAGACCAGCACCAACCUUUCAGAUCAUUCAGAUGAAUUUAGAGCCAUGGCAGUAUCUGCAUAGACGGACAUGACCCUAAAUGCAUCACUUUUACCUCCAGGCCUUCAACUGCUCACCUUUAUGGCUGGAGAUGAAGAAGAUAACUGAAUCUAGGCUCCCCACAACCGUGCUUGAUUUAUGCCCAGGCUGCUGUGUAGGACUUCAACUGACCAGGAUGACUUAGGGGAUAGACAUGAAGCUCCAUUUCCAAUACUCCCAGGGGUAUAGGAUCUACUCUGUGGGACCCACAACAGGGAAGGGAAUGAUGAGGAACAUAUUUUCUCAAAGUGUGCUUCAGCAUGAGCCACUCCCAUGGAGACAGAGCUCUCUCAUCUCCUGACCUGCCAAAGCCUUCAGGAGAACCAUACCUCAUGUGGCAAAGCCAAUGGAGCCACUCACUGUUCCUAAAUGGGUGCUUUAUUUUCACAUAUAUUCUUUUUUUUUUUUUUUUUUUUUUUUGAGACAGGGUUUCUCUGUGUAGCACUGGCUGUCCUGGAACUCACUCAGUAGGCCAGGCUGGCCUCGAACUCAGAAAUCCACAUGCCUCUGCCUCCCAAGUGCUGGGAUUAAAGGUGUGUGCCACCACUGCCCAGCCUCACAUAUAUUCUUGCUGUCCUCAUAAUUGAGACUGGAAAAUUCUGGCUUAGGGCAUCUAAGAGGCAAAGCAAUAAAUAAGGGAACUUCUACUGGACCAAAGGUGUGUUUAGGCUAUGCCUUCUCUACCCAUGACAUCAGUGAACAGAGACAGAACACUCCUCUGCCUGUGAGGACCAGAGGAAGUACUACUUGGCAACAGAAUUUCCUUAAGUCCAGACCUGGAAAAACUGUAUUUUGGAGGGGCAUACCUUUAAGGCUUCCAGCCUUCCCAUUACUGAGUUGCAGGUGGCCAUCACUGCCCUUUGUAUAUUAUGUGGUUCUGGGGAUGGAAGCCAGCACAUGAGUAUGGUAGACACUAGCCUUCCAGGAUCCCUAUACCCCUAGUACCUUGCAUUAUUUUUGUUCAUUAUUAAAGAUAGACAAAGAACAAUACCUCCUCACCCCCAGUAAUUUGAGGAGUUAAAAAAAAAAAGCCAAAGUACUCAGAAAGAAGUGCCUCGGGAGGGAGCCCUGAACACUAUUUGCAAAAGAAGUCUAGCCUCAGUUUUCCCUGGUAUCUAGCAUGGCUUUGAUGCAACCCCAAAUGUAUGCAUUUUCUGGCAUUGGAGACCCACUUAUUAUCAUUACUACCAUCACCAUCACCACCACCACCAUCAUCAUCACUGUCAUCACCACCUCAUGGUGCUACGCAUCCUCAUGGUGCUUUAUUAAUGACAGUAACUGGAUGAAUCCCACCUGGCUCUAACUGAGGGCAAAAAGGCCAGAUGAAAGAGGAGCAGAAAGAAAAGAAGCAGGCUGCUUUCCUUCAGCUUCAUACCCGGGGGAAACACAGUAAGCCUCUGGGAAGGUCUAUCCUGACUCCUUCCCCAGAGCACUGGAUAAUGUGGAAUGAAACACAAAUACUUUUGAGUACAUGUUCACAGUGCAGGGCAAGCUGCCUAGGAAGAAUUCUUUACCUUCUCAUCAAGUUUUCCUUCUCUUUGAGUUCCUAACUAGGAGCCUUGCGUGGACUGUUAUUACCAACGAAACUUUCAAUAGGUGGAUGGGAUCACUAGGUCGUUUUGUUCUGCCCCUCUUUUCUCAUAAAUAUUUCUGGCAAAACUAAAGGAACAGAGAUGAGAUUUGACCAAAAAAGGAAAAAAAAAGAUUACUCCAUUCAAAAUAACAUAUUUUUUGAAAGCAAAUAUAGGAAAGCCUUUUCCUAUUAUUUUUCUUCUUAGCUUCCCCAUUGUCUGAAUUGGGAAAACAGGAAAGCAUUGCUUUCUAGCACCUGCAAAAUGGUUUAAUGCCCCUGCAUAUUUCCAUGUCCUUCCAACAAUAGAUUUAGCAUGGGAAUCUGAAAUAGACGCCCUGAAAACAUCUGUCCCUUCCCCGGUUCCUAAACCCAGGCUUUGAUUAUGUAUGGUUUGUGAAACCUAUCAACCAAAACGGGGACAGACACACCUCAAUCCUCCAUGGGGUCAACAACUAUAUACCCCCAGUGACCCCUUUAGGCAAGGACUUGUUGAGAACUGCAUCACAUUUUGACCCGUUCUCAACAGUACCCAUCUAUUUCAGGUGGGAUCUCUGGACCUUUCAUCCUUCCCAUCUUGUCUGCAAUUUGGCAAAUGGCUUCUUUUUACAUUUUUACUGCCCCCCCCCCCCCGCCCAAAGCUGAAGUUCAUUUGCAGAUCAGGGAUUAAGUCUGAAUUGUGUGGUGGUCAGUCAUGUUUCUUGUUGUCAGGGGUUAUUGUAAAUGUUAGUAAUUUCGCCUCAAGCCCUCAGUAAGAACAUAAAUAUUUUAAAAUAUGUGCGUUUGAAAUCUGUUUCAUGCAUCCUGGAACUGUGGGAUGCUCAGGCAAGAGUGACUUUAGUCUUUCAGUGAAUGCUGCCCAGAAUGUGGGUAGGGAAGGCUCACAGGUUAACUCUCCUCCUUAGAGCUACAACAUAACAUUCUGAGGGGAGUCACAGGGUUGCCUUUAAAAAGUGGGAGCUAUGUCAUGCUUUGAGCUUUCUGUUAAGCACCUCUCCUAAUAAACUCUGAAAAAAUAUUUGUUUUGAA